AAAGAAGAAGACCGUGCUUCCAUGACACUCGCUGUACAGGGUUUAUUAUAGGGUAUAAUUGAAAUGUAGGGAUGAGGGUUAAUUUUUAUUUUAGUUUAAAUAUUUUCUUUUUGUUUUAUGUAUUUUUUAUUUUUUGUUUUGUUUUGGGGGUAAAGCGUCAACUGACAGAUUAAUACUCCAGAGGGUGGCGGUAAUGCACCAAUUAUAUGGAUGCCAACCGCCGUUAAAGAAAAAGAAGAAGACACUCGCUGCUACACAACAUUUGACACACAGUCGUCGCCCCUUCAGCCGGAGUGGCGCGUGCUUCGCUGCGGUUGUCAACAAAUGGCCUCCUUCGCUCUGCCGGUGUGGCUCGCGCUCCAGGAGGAGCUCCUCGGGCCCGGCGGAGCGGCCCCGAACAGUUUCGACGACUUCGACGACGACGCUCUGUUCCAGAUGUUCCACCUCACCAGACCGUGCAUCGCCUUCAUCACAGACGCGGUGUGCAUCCGCAUGAAGACCGUCACCGUGGAUCGACCCGCGCUGUCGGUGGACGCGGCGGUCAUGGUGGCGCUCAACUAUUACGCGCACGGCCUCUCCUCCGCCGACGUCCUGCAGAGGCUCGGCUCGAGCCAGGCGGAUUUCCCCGGGAUCAUCUGCACGGUCUCCGCGGUCAUCGCGGGCAUGGCCGAUCAGUUCAUCUCGUUCCCGCUGCUCCGGGAUGCCAGAACCAACGUCGCCAACAGCAUCAAGAGAGUGUGCGGGAUCCCCAACGUGCUGGGCGUCUUGGCUCCGGCGCACUUCAAGAUACGAGCGUCUCCGUACGAGAAGGAGAAGUUCCGGUCGUUCGUCAACAGCCUGGGCUACACGUCGGUGGUGAGCCAGUUCAUCUGCGACUCCGACGGCAACAUCCUGAGCGUGGAGAAGUGCUGCGUGGGCAGCACGUUCGAGCAGGAGCUGUGGGACUCGUCGUUCAAAGGAAAGGAGAUGGAGGAGGAACUGCACGGGCCGUAUUCGGUUAUUGGUGGAAACGGCUAUCGCUUAAGCAAUCACGUCUUGACUCCCGUGUCCGAACCUGCAAAUUACCACGAGAACCACUUCAACGAGGCCCACGCGAAGAUCCACAACGUCAUGCGGACGACGCUGGGCUCCAUGAAGAGGCGCUUCAGGUGUCUGAUGCAACUCGGUUUUGCAAAGGAAUGCUCGUUGGACAAACAGGCCAACAUCAUCAAGGCGUGCAGCGUCCUGCACAACAUCGCCAAGAAGUUUUCCGUCGCCCCCCCGCCCGUCGUCGGCAAGGUGGAGCCCCUGCAUCCGGGCAAGCAGCCGUUAGCGCCCGUCACGGUCAACCGCGAGGCCUUUGAAGCCCGGCGGGAUCUCAUCUAUCGUAACUUCUCUAUAUAUUGCAAAGUCAAGGCGCCGCGGGAUGAGGACGCGUGAGCCGAGCGGGUGGGUUGUCUGCUGGCAAAGGAAUCAUCGAUAUUUAUACCAAGCACGAACAUCGGAUCCGAACCCCAUAGAGCGAGUUUAUCCUGUGUUCUGCUUCUCUGGGUCAGUUUAACACGACUGAACAUGUGACGUACCGUGUUGUUCUUUUAGUUCACAGACUUGGCCGACACAUUCAAGUAUUUCUGUUCAUGACAAAUAUUGUAUUUCUUGUACAAAUAGAAAAUCAUUCUUCUUUUUUUUAACCUAAAUUUCUUAUUUUCAAUAAAUGUAAUUUAAAACAUAA